AUGCUGUUGCUCGCAGUGUUGCUCGCCUCAGCGGGGCUUCUCCUCUCGCCGAGGCCACUGGAGAUGCACGCGGUGGCGGCCGCGCCGCGCGCGCUCGCCCCUGCGAUGGCGCACCACGUCAACGACAAGGGCGCCAAGAAGCACAACUCGUGCCGGCCGCGCAAGUCGCGCCCCUCCGACCGCAACCGCACGCCGCCCAGCUACCCGCCGCUGCCCGAGCCAACCGGCCCUGUGCUGAUCGGCUCGUCCGAGGGCCGCAUCGAGACGGUGACCAUCUCGGCCAAGCUGACAGCGGCGGGCGCGGCGGCGCCGGAGAAGAUUGUGUUUCGGGGGGCGGAGGUGACGGCGACGUUGGCCGCCUGUGGCCUGGAGGAGGACGCCUCCAUCGAGGCCACCGUCUGCAAGGCCGCGUGA